ACCACUACUACUACUUUACCGCCUGGGUGGGAAGAAGUCUAUGACGAAGGAUGUGGUCAACAUUACUUUUGGAAUGUUCACAACAAUCUAGUGUCUUGGUUGCCACCAACCCAUCCUCGAGCAUUUCCUAGUGAGAGUGCUGCACAUUUACGGGAGGAGCGUUUGCUAAAAGAAGGUGAUGAAAGUGAUAAUUCAAGUGAAGAUUCUGACCAAGAAGUACCCCAACAACCUGUUAAAGAAAAACGACGAGAUCGUCAUCAAGAAAAAGAAGUACAUAGAAGGGAUAGAAAAAGAACUAAAACUAAGGAUAAUGAUUUAGAUCCAAUGGAUCCUGCUGCAUAUUCUGAUAUACCUAGAGGUAAUUGGGCAGCUGGGUUAGACAAUGGAACCAAAACAGGAGUCGAUACCACAGCUUCUGGUUCAAUAUAUCAAAUGAGACCAUAUCCAGCACCAGGAGCUAUAUUGGCAGCCAAUGCUAGACAGAAGUCUCCACCUCCUUCACCUUAAUAUUUAUAAUACAGAUAUGCCUACAAUGUUUAGAUCUACAAAAGUGCAAUGGAUUAUGUGCACUAAUUGAAAGCAGUGUAAUGAAACUGUAAAUAAAUGUUAUUUUACAUAUAAUGAUUUAUGCAUUCACAUUUUUAUUUAGAUAAAUAUGAAUCAUCAUGUUUUUAGUAUUUAAUUUAGGACAUGUUAAACAUAUUAACCCAUUAGGAAUUUCUUCAUCUAUGAUCUAUUAAUAUAAGGAUAGUGGUUGAACUAAAAGUUUGAUGCUUAUGUCUAAAAGAAUUCCUCUGCUCACUAUCACAGAACAAAUAUCAAUAUAAGUCUUUAUAUAAAAGUAAUUUCUCUAUGGCUCUGUGUGAGUAGCAAUUCUGUAUUAUAAUUAAUGACAAUUAUGUAUUUUGUGGAUUCACUUGGAGAGGUUGUAAUAGUCGUAACCAUAUACUUUCGGCCUUUCAGAGAAAAUUAAAUUCAAGUACUAUGUUUCAAGUAUGCAUAGUCAAAUGACAAUUACGAACAAUACUAGUUGAUAUGGAUCUUCGCACAGAACAGUAAAAUUUUUAUUAAAGUUGGGCCCAGUCAGGUCAGUGUAACAAUGGUUUCGAUUAGCCUUCUUUGUGCGUCUUCGUUUUUGUAACAUGACAUAACAGUCAUUGAUACAUUUAGUAGAGUUAACCU